GGAACGGCUGCUCUCCUGGGCAGCGAGGAGCCGAAUCGGAGCUAUUCCACCCUCCUUUUCCCCGGAUUUUCAGCUUAACCGCUUAGUUCUGGCCAAAGCCACUUACAUCAGUGCGUCGGGGAGAAUCCCUUCUGCGACAUGACCAUCAUCGUGUUUCUCGUGGACACUUCGGGGUCCAUGAAUCAACGGGCAUAUGCAGGCGGUCGGCCUACGUUAUUAGACGUGGCGAAGAACGCUGUGGAGACCUUUGUCAAGAUUCGGCAGAGGUCACCGGAGAGCCGUGGGGAUCGGUACAUGCUCCUGACCUUUGAUGAGUCUCCAGGUCAUAUCAAGGCCGGCUGGAAGGAAAACCUGACAACAUUCAUGACCGAGUUGAAGAACCUCCAGGCCGUUGGGAUGACGACCAUGGGAGCAGCCCUGAAGAACACGUUCGACCUGCUCAACAUCAACCGCAUGCAGUCGGGCAUAGACACUUUCGGCCAGGGGAGGAACCCCUGCUACUUGGAACCCUCCAUCAUCCUCUGCAUCACUGAUGGCGGGAAGCUCUCUUCUGCAUCUUUGGUUUAUGAAGAACUCCUCCUUCCAAGUCAUCAGAUGAUCCCAGGUUCAGAGUUAUGCAAGGAUCCAUUUCGAUGGGACCAGAGACUCUUCUCGUUGGUCCUGCGUCUCACUGGCUCUGUCCCUGCAGAAAGGGAUCCCCUGUCUCUCGUCCCAAGCGAUCACUCUCCUAUUGAUGCCAUGUGUGAGGCGACUGGAGGACGAUCAUAUGCAAUCUCCUCCCAGAGGAUGUUAAUCCAGUGCAUAGACAGCCUUGUGCAGAAGAUCCAGUGUGGUGUUGUGUUACAUUUUGAGAAAAUAGGACCUGAUCCCCCUCCAGUCACUCCUGGGCCUGCCUCCUCCGAGACUCUCUCUUCUAAAGAUGGAGCAGGGUUGAGCAAGCUGGAGACUCCAGACAUCGUCUUUGAGGGUGACUACUCUCGCUCAAACAAGGAAAACUUGCUCAACUCUGCCAAUGAAGUUCUAGAGUCAUUAAAGAGUGGAUGCGGUGGAGCGAGUCGUCCACUCAGUCCCAUGCCAUAUGUGCUCAGCUCAUCCAAUGUCUCCUGGCACUCAUGCAAGAGACUCAUCUAUGUGCCUAGGAUCUUGCCCAACAAGACUCUCAUGGUUGGGCACUGGCCCAUACCUGAGAACUUCUGGCCUGAUGUUAAUGCACCUUCUCUACCUCCUCGAACAGCGCACCCAAAUGUGAAAUUCACAUGCAGCAAUGUAGAGCCAAUGGUAAUAGAGAACCUACCAUUUGACAAGUAUGAACUGGAACCCUCUCCACUAACCCAAUACAUUCUGGCCAGGCGACAGUCUCACUGCUGCUGGCAGGUGUACGUAAGCAACAGCUUCCGUAAUUCCGAAGUGAGCCACCCAUUUGGUUACCUGAAGGCAUCGACUAAUCUCCAGUGCGUGAACCUAUUUGUGAUGCCAUACAAUUACCCUGUCCUCCUCCCCCUCCUGGAUGACCUCUUCAAGAUCCACAGGCUCAAACCACCCAAGGAAUGGAAGGCCCAGUUUGACAGCUACCUGAGGAACAUGCCAUCUUACUAUGCUGGGCCUCUGAGAAGAGCUCUGAAGUUGAUGGGUGCACCAAAUCUGGUCCCAGAGACAUUGGAUACUGGACUAAGCUAUACAGUUGGGAAUUACCUAAGGAAGAUCAAGAACCAGGCCAAGGUGGAGUACGAGAGGCUGUGUGCAGAGAUUGGAGCCAAAGUGAAAUCGGGUCCCAUCCCUUCUGCCCCAGAUGCAAUUCGGGUUCUGCCACGUUCCCCGCUCAAACAGGCUCUUCUUUCUCACCCGUGCCUUGCUGAUAAGUUUAGCCACCUGAAUGAGCAGGUGACAGAGAUGCCAGGUUUCACCCUGGUGGUGCAGAUGGAGCGAGUUCAUCUUCAGAGUUACAGGAACCCAUUUGAUGUGUCGAGGAAUGCCCUUCUCGACCAACUGGCCCGAAUGAGGUCAAAUUUUCUGCGAGGACCUCUUGCUCGCAACAGGCUCCUUGAUGAUGAUGCCCUACACAACAUGCCAGUGGGGCAAAUGGGCAACUACCAAGAAUACUUGAAGCGCAUGCCCCCACCCUUGAGGGAAUUGGAGUCCACGCCAACCAGACAGCACAUGUUUGGCAAUCCCUUCAAGAUUGACAAGAGAAUGAUGGUGGAUGAGGCAGAUAUAGAUCUGGUUGGUGGACCAACAUCCUCAUCCUUAUCGGCAGAGAAGCGCCCCGGCGGAUCCUUGAAGCGACCCGCCCCCUUGCCUUCUCUAGAAGGAUUUCUUCGUCCGAUGGCAAAAAGGAAACCCGGCCCCCUCCCCAAGGAUUGGGUUUAUCAUCGGCCCACAUCACCUUCCCCCAUCCCAUCCUUACCUAGCAGCCCCUGUCCAACACCUCCCUCUCCUCUGCCAAGUCCUGAAGAAGAGGAAUUGAAGCCACUGAUUAAGAACGAGUUGCCCCUCUUUGUACCUGCAACUCCCCCAACUCACUUCCAGCCCCUGUUUGAAAUCCUCUACAGCGUGAAGGGAUCCAUGGGGACUCGAGUUAAAUUUGCUCAGGAUGUGAAGCGUGAAUCCUUACGCUUCAAGCGCAAGCACCUCGCCUCGCUGUUGGAGGACUUUACCAAAUCCCUCGAGAAGCUCAGGGAUGUCAUUGAGACUCCCAAGAAUUCUGGGAGAUAGCACAUGCAUGAACCUGGUUCCUCCCAUGGUGAUCCUGCCCUAUCUGCUUUGUGAUAUCAUUUGUCAGAG